AGCCUCCAACGAGACGGCAUCCAGACACAUCUCGGCUCCUUGCACAGUGCGGGCAGGCGGGGAUAGCUCAGCUGUGCAAGCCCUCUCCCUCCAUCUGAAUGAAUUGGCAGCUGCAUUAAUAGAUUACACCACGGAUUUGCAUUUCCGAGAGGGGAGAGUAUAAAUAACAUCUGUAUAUAUAUAUAUAUAUAUUCCGUUCCCAUCUCUCUGGGCGGCAGCAAGGAGUGGCUUGGCGGAGUCAGCGCCUCGCGUUGUGGUUCUGACAGCACACACUCUUUCACACACAGAGCGAGGUUGGGUCCGAGAGGCGGAUGCAAUAAUCCACUAGAACAAGGAUUUAUAAUAUUUUAUUAAGGCUUUUGUUUCCACUCAAAAAGAAAACACUUAAAAUAACCCGUGGCCAUGGAAGAUUGGGAUGCACCACAAUUCAAGAUGGAAGUCGAUAGUCUGAAGUAUCAACUGUCCUUCAAGAGGGAAAUGUCUUCCAAAACUAUCCCUGACUUUGUGAAGUGGAUAGAAGAAGGAGUUCCAAACGACCCAUUCCUCAACCCAGAACUAAUGAAGAGCAACCCGUGGGUAGAGAAAGGCAAAUGUGCUAUACUUUGA